AUGUCACUUUCAAGAUCAUCAUCAUUAUCACAAUCUAAUCCAAAUGCUCCAAAAACAUCAAUAAUAAUAUCAAAUUUACAUAAAGAUGAUUUUAUAAAAUUAUCAAAAGAAAAAGAACCAAAAUUAAUAACAAAAUCAUUAUCUUUAGUUGAUCAAAUUAAAUUAAGUGUUUUAAAUAAAGAUGAUUCAAUUAUACAAUAUAUCAAUCAUUGGUCAAAUUUACCUUUUUUAAAUAGAAUAAUUAUAAUUUUUAAAAAUGAAAUAAAAGCUAAAGAAAUUUUAAAUUUUUUACAAUUGGAAUUAAAACCAUUUACAUAUAUUAAAUUAUCAUUACAAGAAAAUUUAUUAACAAGAUCAAAAUCUCAAGAUACUUUAUUAGAAAAAGACAACUCUAAUUUAAAUGUAUCAAUAUCUUUAGAUAAUUUUAGAAAUUUUCAUAAUGAUCCAAAAAAUGAAACUAAACAAUUUGAUUAUAUUGAACCAGAACCUGCUCAAUUUAAUGUAUUAUCAGAUUUAUCAAAAUUAGGUAUUAAUUUAAGAGAUUUUAAUCUGGAUGAACAAUUAAAUGAAUUAAAACAAGAAGAACAAGAAGAUCAAAUAAGAGCUAAUAAUAGAAGAAAUUCAAUGUCUCCAACUAUUCCAUCAAAUCAUAUUUUCCAAAAUCCAAAUAAUAAUAAUAAUUCACCAAUUCAACAACCUUCAUCACCAGUAAGUUCAUUAUCAUCUUCAUUAGGACAUCCAGGAAUAGAAAGACGUAGAUCUACAAAAACUUUAUUUAAACCUGAUUUGAAAUUAAAUACUAAUAGUGGUAGUAAUUCAAGUAUUGAUGAAAAAUCAGAUGAUAUUAUAAUUAAUAAAAAUCAAAAUACUCCAAUUUUAAAAUUAUCACCAACUAAAAAUGAUGAAUUUCCUGCUUCUCCUACUAUAACUUUAGAUGAAACAUUUUAA